AUGGUGUCGCGAGGAUGUUUUGUGGUUCUUUUUCACUGCCUCAUCUCCUUAAGUUGGACGUCCGAAAAUUCUGAACACAAAGCGAAAAAAUACACGAGACCGUGUUAUAAUGAAGACGAGCUCUUAAAUUUGUGUACGGAUCCCAUAGAGACUUGCCACGAGGAAAGAGGAGAUGAAAUUAAGCUCGUGCGCAUAGACGGAGUGAAGGUACGUUGAAUUUUAUGCCAGAAAACCGCCAGAACUAACAAAAAUAGACACAACAGUAUGGUAACCAAUUAACUUAUUAGCAAUACCGCUCGGGUGUACUGAUUUAAUAGUUCAAUUACAGAACAAGCUAACGAAGGAUAAUGCCAAAAUGAACUACUAAUUUGUUGGCUUAAAUUUUAAAAUUGGCCAAAAGCACUGGCUUCAUAUAUAUAUAUAAACUUAAAGAAUGGCUAUAUUUAAAAAUGUUGCUUAGCAGGUAAGUUAGUGCUUAAUUUAAAAAGGAAAUUUUUUCAACAAAAGGAAAAUAUUUUGUCUCGGGAAAGUGAAAAGAUUCUGCUCACAGCAUAGUGGAGCACGGUAACCACAAAGUCCGUGCAAAACAACACGUACCUCUAUGGAUAUACCAUUUGAAAGGGACUUGAUUGCAUAACGCUUACGCAUGCGCAAUCGGCGGAAAUCAGGUCCACAGUGUAAAACAAAACUGAUCAACAGCAAUAAAAGAUGCGCUUGUGGCACCGGUCUGAAUUUUACCUGGCAAUAUGCUGAGUAAUCUAACUUACAUUCCAAUGCUAUAGACUUCCUUCACUCAUAAUAAAACAUUUUUGUGUAUUUUGGUUAAAUUCUGAGCUAAUUUUCAUAAAGUCUGGUACCAGCAGUACUUGUCAAAUGAGGCCUUUAAUUUCUAGAUAUUGAAACAUGAAUUUGUCCCAGCCAUAGUUGUUGUUUAACAGUCCUUAUUGGCUCAUUUUAUAUGAACGUGCACCCCCGCCUGGACAGAAUUUCCUUCCCCGGAUUGCCCGUGAAAAAUAGCUCAGUUCUUUGUGUUAUGAAACUUUAAAACUAAAGCCGUGUUUACGCUAAAACUUGGAAGGAUUCUGGUAAUACUGCCCCUUUAGUUAAUUAAACAAAAACAAGAAGGACAUAAGCUGAUAAAAGGAUGGAUCCCUUUUAUCUCGUUGAUUAUUUUAGUUAUCAGAACUAUAACACAUCACAUGCAAAUUUAUAAAAAAACGCAAUGCUGACUUACAAUACUCGGCUUUAUACUACUACAUGAGAAAUUUCCGCAAUUUGAUUGGCUUAGAGUAGUGGUAUUUCAGCUUAAUUUGAAGUACCUACAUGUGAUAAUCACAAACCUUUUGCGGGUAGUAGUAUAAACAAAUAUUAGCAUAAUUUCUAGUGAUAUUUGGCAUAAAGACAACUAGUGAUAUUUCAAAAUUGUCUCAAAUUUCACUCGCCUAACGGCUCGUGAAAUUACGUAUAACAAUUUCGAAAUAUCACUCGGUGGUAUUUAUGCCAAAUAUCACUACAAAUCAUGCUAUUACCUAUACUAAUUUCUUUCGGCUUAAGGUCUUGCUCCGAUUGUUCGCUCACAAAAACAUAACAAAAGUCUCAAAUCUGACUGGCUAUAAACUGUCCUGUUUUCAGCGCGUCAUGCCUGUAAUUAAACAGUAAGCGCCUUCACACGCGCGGACUAAAAUGGCUUGUUUUUCACUGCUAGCAGAAAAACUCUUGAUCUCGGAAUUUCUUGUACUUUAAGUCUGGAAAAGUCUAAAAUAUCAGAAACUUUUUUAUAGUUACGAUUAAUUGGUAACAGAACUUCAUGUCGUCCAAUCUUGUUAAUCACUAUUAUGAUUACAGACUGAAUUGGGCUCCACUCAGUUCUAUUACCAUUAUAGAUUGAAUUGCGAAGGAGAGAGUAAUAUCUGUAAACAAGAACCCGCGAGCUGUCAAACGAAAACAAGUUUCGAAAAAUUUACAGCAACAACGACUGUUAAAUAAUGAUAAUGAUAAUAAUGAUAAUAAUAAUAAUAACAUUAAUAAUAAUAACAAUGGUUUAUUCAUACAAUAUCCAUAAACUAAAAAUAUGGCUCUUUACCUGUGACUCAUUACUAUACUACCUAACCAACUAAUCUACAUAUCAAUUGGUUAUAAAUUAUCAUUACUACAAAACUAGGAACAGUAAAAUGAUAAUAAAACGAUAAGUUCCAAAAUCCAAGAAAAACUAGUGAAAAGGUCGCUAAGAAUGCAGCCUUGCCCUUCCUUUAGUUCUAAAGUGAUUUGUCAACUGGCUCUUGAAAUGACUAAAUUCUGUGGAGUUUCUGGUUUGCAGUCUACUGGCAAAUACCUGUCUAUCCUGUACGUAUUUGAUCAUUGAUUUUUGACCGCCAAAUUUAUGAUUUUCAUCCUCAGAAAGGUCACGUGAGAUGGGUAGAAUUAGAGGAAGGGAGAAAACAUCAAAUGAUCACCAGAGCUCUUAAGCCUUUGUUAUUCGGUAAGUUGUAAAGACUUGAAAAUUAAGAUGGCUACUCAGUACCAUCACCCUCAACGGGGAAACUGAGCCUUUGCUAUCAUUUUCUUACUGAUCAACAGAAAUCCCGGAGUUCUUAUCGGAGGAGGAAUGUGAUCAUAUCAUUAAACUGGCAAAGGAAAACGGCCUCGCCAUGAGCAUAGCGGGGUUUGAUAUGAAAGCUUACGAGGGGGACUUGGACGAGGACAUGGCAGAAGCGGGUAAUAGUUGUAGUAUGAGCUUAAGUGUAGCCCUUGAUUGAAGGCAGGAUGAUGCGCGUAAGAUCGUUUUUUUUUGUGAGAGGUUUUGUUGUUUUGCAAAGAACACGUGACGGCAGUGACUCCAGCGCGUGCAGAUCUAAAAACCGACUCGGCCAAUGGCAGAACUGCAAAUUUAGCAUGGAGAGUCGCGUUUAGUCCUUUUCCGCGAGCUUUUGCACUGUUAUCUGAGAUUGUGGCACCAAACUUGCCCGCUAUUUUCUCGAUGCUUAUUCGAUGAAUGCGAGUGUCACCCGCGUGUGGACUUCGUGGAGGUGGAUGACUCACCCGCUCUUUUUUCACUAUCCACUCGCACUUCUCGUUGCACACACCGCGUUCUUUUGAGGGAGUGUGUUGAAAAAAUGGCGAGGUUAUGAACGAUGUGCAGCCCCCUACUUUAAACGACCCAGUUAGAACUCGCAAGGCCACCAUUGGCAUUUCUGUGGGUAUUGGUGAUGCUCGUUCUCCACAGCCUAGAUGUUGAGGUCGCGGGGGAAAAAAAGCUUGUAACUAAAUGAGCAAAACGGGAUUAGUGGUGUUGAAACCCGAGAAAGGUUGUCGUAUGACAUAGCACGCUACAUGAUUCUUUAUUUUCCACUGCGAUCUCACUGAAAUUUAUUUCAAAUUCUGGAAAAAAAAAUCAACGCAGCUCACCAUAAAGCUAAGGGUGUAACACUAGAGAAUAAACAAAUAAAUCGUCGUCAGCAUCAUAAACUAAAUUUGACCAUGCAGAGCAAGUAACUGUAGUUCCUUUAUUUUUAGAUGGCAACUGGACAUUAGACCAUGACGAGAAAUUUGCUGGACAAUUUUCAAUUUGGGAUGUCAAUAAAGAUAGCUUCAUCGAUGCAGAUGAGGUAACUACAAUUGACUCAGUUCAAAGCGUACUCAGAACAACUAUUAAUUUAAAUUGUAGGUGACAACUGACAUAAUGGUGGCCAGUUCAAUCUCGAUUUGCCCCCCACUAAAUGAUCUAACACACUGCCAUCAGGCUAACUGAGCAGUGACAUUUAAACAAAUCCUAUUCCAACCCUUCCCCAACCCCUCCCCCCCCCCAAAAAAAAAUUAAUAAUAAUAAUAAUAAAAUAUAUAAUUAAAACAACCAGUAUAAUACCUCUGCACGGCAACUGCCAGUGUGAGGCGCUCUAUUACCGAAGAAAAAAAAAAGCAGAAGGCGGCAAAAAGAAACACUAAACAAGUAAAAAUAUGCCAUGAUAGCUUACAUUUGCCAUCGGAACCAUAUUGAAUAACCAAAUUUUGGUUUGUAAAGUAAAAGAAAGAACCAAUUACAUGAGAGAAAAACCUCAGGCUGGAAAUAUGCCACGAGCGAGCCCAGUUGGAACUAUACCCCACCAUCUCGGUUUGGAAGCCUACUUUUGAAAGAGUGUAUGCAUUGGUUUACAUGUUAGCAGACACACUGUCACAACAUACGUUAUUAUUUCAUUUAGGUAAAACAUUUCGCCCGAAAGCGAAAGCUUCUGUACAUGAGGGACGAUGAAGUUUCUGCAAUGUAAGUAGUUAAAUAAAUGCAUGUUCUCGAAGAGACUACACCUCUUAAGCUAAACAUUUGCAAACAAAGUCACCGAAAAUCCUCUAUUAAGCCCCCGCCCUCUCUCUAAUAAGCCCCCUUUUCAGGGGAAGAAAGUUAAUCAGCCCCCCCCACCCCCACCUCUUUUAAGCCUCCCCUUUCCUAAUUAUUUUUCACUAAUAACUGAUAGAGUGUACUAAUCAAUCAUGACCGUAACACUUCGUGUGGACUGAUCCUGGUUGGUUUAUUCACCAACUGGAAGCUCGGCUUUGUUUUUGAUCCUCGGCUGCAUGAUCUCCAACUUCUUGUACUUGCGCUUUUCCACAAUGUAUUCUGGUUCUAAAUUCAAUAAGCCCCCCGUCUCUAUGAGGAUACUUAUAAUUUCCACUUUCAAAUCUUUAACCGCAGUUCAAAAUAUGAGACAUUUCAUAUAUUUCCAUUCAUGUCAGUCCUUAUAAAUCAAUAAAUCAAUAUCCCAACUAACAAAGUAACCGAACAAAGCAAUGAGGAGAACGACAGAGGUGAACGAUUGAAUGGAUGGGAAAUUUAUAGGUUAAACAGUCAAAUAAGUUCAACUGAGAGGCGGUGUUCGGUUAACUAACCAGCAAGUUUAAAAAAAUCAAGGCAAUCAUCAGUCAAUCAAACAAUCCUUCCAACCAGCCUUCAACCAAUCAAUCAUUUAAGACAUCUUUCUACUAUUAUAUCAUUUCUUCUGCCAGGUAUGAACGUCUGCAAUUAUCAAAGAUUCUUGAGGAUGGUACGUUUUAUGAUGGCAUUUGUUCAAUUAUACCUAAACGCUAUAAUCCAAUAGCCAAGUUGAGAAAUAUAACUUUUAUCCCUUAAACUAUUAUAUCUUUAAAAAUUCUAACAGAAUAAUUUUGUUUUUUGAUCGUAGGCAAACUCAGUCGCCAAGCCUUUGCUAAGAUCAACAUUAAGAAAAUACUUUGGUACAUGGAUUUCUUGAAGGAAAAAAGUCCUCAACACAGACCUCGCUUCAGCGAACAGACCUGGCUACGUCAAGAUAAGAACUCCGACCCAGUAUUGAGGCGUCUUUUAGAGAGGUGGGCUCAGUCUAUUCACUUCAUUCAACUGAUAGGUUUUAACAAUGUCAGUAUGCUAUUAAUGUUUACCCAAAGAACAUCCAAAGAAAAUAACUCGGUCUAAGAACUCUCGCAACACGCGAUCCUGCACCGAUUUAAGAUUGAAUUGAAAAUUGUAAGAAUGCGUUUUAUGGAGAGAGGAACAGCGAAUAAUGAACAAGGGCGGUAGGUAGAAGACGCUAUCCUUUCAUUCAUGAGUUAUAUUAAAGGGACUAUGCAUUGGCGGAUCCAGACCUUCAGAUAAAGGGGUGGGGAGGGGGUGGGGGUGGGGCUCUGGCGGUCAGCCAAACCAUGAGACAGGAGGGCCCGAUCACAAUUUUUUUUUCUUCAAAAUAAAAGGGGCCCUGCAGGAAAAAACACAAAUUAGACCGCGAUUACUCGUACUGGUAAAUAUUAUUAUAACUUGUUUGCCCCUGGAAUACCAAGUGACAGUCCUAAAGCGCGUGCAAAGAUGGCGGGUAUCGUGAAUACGUUCAUUUGAAACGAGUCCUUGUGCCGUUUAUACAGGAUAACAAAGUUAACUCAGCUACCGGAAAUAGUGAUUCAAGGCGGUGAAUGGAUGCAGGUCAGAAAUGGCUAAGUAUGUCAAAAGACGAGGGAAACUGAAACUUAAGUAGUGGAAUUAUAAGCGCGCGCCGCGGAGCACCAUGGGUAAGAAAAUUUGGUUACUUAUGUAUCCUGGAAGUUUUGGUAGUCACGUGACCGUACGUCCGCCCGUCCGUCCACACCACAGGCAUACCAAUGUAAAAUAACUAAGAACUGCCAGGUGAGAGUGUAGUUGCAAUCAGUAAAUUGGGACUUUCGUUGGUGUUUGCGUUUCGAUCGAUUUUGCUACAUAUCAGCCAAGAUUUCCUGCGAACACAAUGAAAACCAACAGACACUUCUACAGGCUUAACUGCUGUACGUAACUGUUGCUUUACGAAACAAAAAGCUUUUAGUAGCCUUACUAAACUUGGGCUUACGCAACCUUUCUGUUUCAAAGACACGGAAAAGUUGAUAUUCUCAAAGUAUUUUCAAAAACUGUUUGCUGUAUUCAGGUUGUUCAGUAUCAACCAUUUGGUCAUUACCAUGGUCACCUGGAUUCAAACCCUAUUGAAGGUCCCACAGUCCCUUGCUGUCAUCAGAACCACUUUAGAAAGUCAGACUGUCGAGUUUGUAGGUGAGAACCGAUCUUAACUGAUGGCUUACUUUGCUCUUUAGUGAAAAAGGAUUAGAGUAGCAGGACUGGUUUCAUACAUGAACCUUGUAUGACCCAGGUCGCCAAGAGUCCCUCGUAGCUCAGAAAAAGAGCAUCCGACCGGUUUACGGAAGGUCAUAGGUUCAAUUCCUGACGUCGGUGACUCGGAUUUUUUCUUUGUCCCGUGCUCGUGACAUGUUGAUCACAUCAUUUCUCAGGAUUAGAGUUGUUACAUGAAACUUAAUAAAUUUUGAAAAAACCUAUACUUUAUCAAAAUGCCAAUGUAUUUUGCACGAACUGAGGGCACUUUGUCUCCUACAGAGACGGGACACCAUUUCUACGUGGUCACUCACGCCUAGCACAGAUCUACCUUUAUCCAAACGCAUGUUGUUCUUUUAGUAGGUUUCGCUUACAUACGUGUACCGCGUUGUUUUUUAGAUUUAUAACGAUACUUUAUUACCUGAAUGAUGUGGAAGAAGGAGGAGAGACGGCAUUUCUCAUAGCAGACAACACCACAAUCACACCACAGGUAAAGACAAAUUAAAUUAAGCCGCAAGGCUAAUAUAUUUGCAGAUGAUUUCUUAAGUGACUAUUAAAACAACCCUACUCAAAGGCCCUCCAUUGAAAUACUCUUGAGGAGGGUGUUGCCUGUCCCCUGACGAUGGAGUGUGAGAGAGGCUUUUAAAACCAAACUGAGGGUUUCUCGGGUUGAGUUUACCUUCAAGUUAACGAGGUCUCUCUCUAAUGAUUAUGAGUUGGGAAAGGACAAGAAAGCAAUACUCAGUAGCAUUCAUUUGAAUCAGUGUUCAUACUCGAGAGUUUCAUUUACAGAUUCAAAAGUCAGUACCACCUUGCACAGCAUAAUAAACUGUGCAUGCCGCUAGAAACGGUACUGCACAGGAGCUUAGCUUGGUAUCUCGUCCACAGGAACUAAACCGCACUCUUCACCCCCAUGCAAGCGAAUCCAAGACAGUCUUGGAUUCUGGAUUUCACGCCCGUGGAUUCUGGAUUCCAGGUACUUGAUUCCAGUCUUUGUCAGUUGGACUUAGAUUCCGGAUUCCAAUCGUCACAAGGAUUCCAGAUUUCUUGAGCUGUGAUCCGAAUUCCAAAGCCCAGGAACCCGGAUUCCACAAGCAAACUUUUCCCGGAUUCCGGAUUCCACAAGCAAACUUUUCCCGGAUUCCGGAUUCCACAAGCAAAAUUUUCCCGGAUUCCACAUUUCAAAAGCAAAAUUUUCCCCUAUUACGGCUUCCACAAGCAAAAUUUUCCCCGAUUGAGGAUUUCACAAGCAAAAUUUUCCCCGAUUCCGGUUUCCACAGGGAAAAUUUUUAUAAGCAAAAGUUUCACGGAUUCCCGAUUCCAUGAGCAAAAGUUUCACGGAUUCCGUAUUCCAUAAGCAAAAGUUUCAUGGAUUCCGGAUUCCAUAAGCAAAAGUUUCGUGGAUUCCGGAUUCCAUACGCAAAAGUUUCAUGGAUUCCGCAUUCCCUUACAUGGGGCGAACCUCCACAUGCAAACUCGCCCUUAAAGAAUUAGUUGAAAGAAUUUAACUAAAGAUCAAAGCAUUUUCUCCUUUGGUGAUCAUGUUAUUAAUUCUCGUUACCUUUUCACUUGAAAAUGUGAGGAUAUUGUCAGGAGAAAAUUGAUGUUGGUCGCUCUUUGAACUCAAAGGUUUAACAAAUUGUUAACAAUUAUUCCACGAGUGCGCGUUGGAUAUGAGUUGGCUAUAAUCAUCUCAUAUCCAACAAGCGCGAGUGGAAUAAUUAAUUUGUUUCAUUAAGAACGCCCACAAAAUAUCGAGAAUUCUUCCCGACUUUAUUUUUAAAAACAACUAAUUUUCAGCUUGUUUUUAAUUUUGAGCACACGCGUUCAGUUCAUGGCUCAUAUACCAUGAUGGCUAAGCCAAUCAGAGCUCUAGAAAUUGCAUCAUCCAAUGAUUCAGUUUGCAGUAACACCAAAUACACUGUAACAAUAGAUGGGCUGUCUAAAGGCCGAUUUAGACAGUACGAUUUUUGCUUACGACUAUCGUGCGCGACUAACAUACGUCAAGACUUUGGCCCAUCCACUCUCGCUUAAUUUUCACUCACCACAUCCACAAUGUGCCGUACGAAUGUCGUGGGUCUAAUUUACACGACACGAUCUGUCGUGAAGUCAUGACGCAUACUAGACGCGCACGAUAGUCGCAAGCAAAAAUCGUACCGUCUUAAUCGGCCUUAAUACAUUUUUAUCACGCAGGAGCUAGAAAACCCCAACGCAACAACGGACGAAUUUAACCUGAGCGUCAACUGUCACAUGGCAAAUUUGGUUAUACCACCCAGGAAAGGCACCGCCAUAAUGUGGUACAACAACUUCAUCGAUCCGGACAGCGGUCUCCUUGGAUCUGUAGAUCGGUACUCAUUGCACGGCGGAUGUGACGUCAUUAAAGGAGAAAAGUGGGUGGCUAACAAUUGGCUGACAGCUCCUACAAAGUAUUCACGACACAUACGGAGUCUCUACGAUGUGUCAGGAUAA